CCUCACUCUAAUCGCGCCCGUACAUAAAUAGGAUGAGGUCCUUAACGAUGCUUUACAAGGCACUACUUUCAGUCUUGAUUUGAAUUCUGCAACUUUGAGAAAACACAUAGAUGUUCCGUUUCUCUGAAUUUGAUAGCGGAGGUGGCCAAUCUCCGUGGUUUCCAGAGUUUGGAAUCCUCGUAACUACGUUUUUCUGGGGAUUUAGAAGUUAAAGUGAUUAAAUAUUUUUCUGGAAAUUUUGGGUCGGUUAUUCAUGGAUUCAGCUAAUGAAAGCUCCAUCAAAGUGGACGACCUAGAUAUGGAUACUCUGGUUCACUGCACCAGUAGCCUUAACCUCCAAGACCUAGCGAACAUGGCCGUGACUUGUCGAAGGUUCAGAGAUGUGGCCUAUUCCGACCAUGUUUGGAACCGGCGGUUUAGGGAGCGAUGGCCAGUUGAAUGUACACAUUCUUAUAAUUCAAAAUUUGGGGGCAUUCGUGAAGCUUAUUUGGCAAGGCUCACUUCACUCCAACAAUUCAAAUUUGCUGAUCCUAGGAUCCAUCUAUUGGAUGCAGGACCAACACCUAGUAACCAUAUAUUGCUGGACAAAAAUAAUGCUUUUAUUAGUCAGGGUUCAGUCAUAUAUAAGCUGAAGUUUGGUUCGGACCAAAGGCAACGACUAGCAGAUCACAAAGCUAGGAUUACUUGUUUAAGAUUAUUCUCACUUGGAAAUAUAUCUUUCUUUCGAAGUGAAGAAUCAAACAAUGAUAAGAUUUUGGUGACCUCAAGUUGUGAUCAUACUAUUCGUUUGUGGGGGAAGGAUCGUUCGAUGCGUUCUUUAAGGGGCCAUGAUGGCCCGGUUACCAUUCUUUCAGAUAAAUUGUUGGGUGAUCUUGGUGGACUGGUGCUUGCGAGUGGCGGAGAAGAUGGCACAGUGCGCCUUUGGUCUCUUUCCUCUAAGGGCAGGCAUGGUCGAAAUGCUUUAAGAGCCACUCUUCAUGGGCAUGAGCAUUCUGUGAGAUUGCUCUCCGUUGCUGGGCACAAGUCUUCACUCUUGGUGAGCGCUUCAAAAGAUUCAAAGUUGAGAGUUUGGGACUCUAGUGUUUCAACUGCAUCUGGUUCGACAGCCUGUGUUGGCACUGCCCGUGUGUCUGGAGCACCUAUUGGCAUGAAAUGCAAUGAAGCUUUAUGUUAUGUUGGAGCUGGGUCUUCUUUGAAUGUGAUUGAUUUGAGAACCAUGAAGGCAGUCGCUUCUGUUGCCAGUGAUGCUCACAAACUGCAGGCGCUUGAGGUGCUUCCAACUAAACAUCUCAUUUGCACUGGAGGAAGUGACAAGACUGCAAAACUGUGGGAUAUUAGGAAGUUACACGAAAAGGCAGAAGCCAUGGCCGUGUUGGAUGGGCAUUUGGGACCUGUCACAUGUGUGCACAUGGACUCCUACAAGGUUGUCACUGGCGGGUCUGAAGACAGCUUCGUUAAGAUAUGGGAAACCGACACAGGUUUGGAAACAUGCACUCUCCCUUGUGGUAUCGAGGAAGAUGAGACUGAAACUAGGUCUGUUUUGGCUACAAUGGCUGUGGAUAAGUUGAGAAUAGUGACUAGUAGUUGCCGUGGAAUGGUAUCUCUCACCUUGCUGAGGGAUUUUUCUGAUUGUAAAGAACCCUUGUCUUCAAAAGUUGAGAAUUUUGAGGGUGUUGAAGAUGGCAUUUCCAAGUUUUGGGAUUCUAGUUUCCAGUCACAUGGUGAGUGAUUGUUUGGCUUUGCCUCUUUUUUGUGCCGAUAUACAGAAAAAUAUUAUGGAGAAUGUAGGGCGGAAUGCUUUUUCUUC